AUGGGCUGUCUUCGUGAAUCGAUGUCUGUAGAUCCUUCCAAACAUCGCCAAGAACUUCUCGAGCGUUUGGAUAUCCUGAGAAACAACGAUAGCUUUUGUGACGUGACGAUCGCAGUAAAGGACAAAGAGUUCAAAGCUCACAGAGCUGUUUUAGCGGCAGCCAGCCCUUUCUUUCUGACACUUCUGACAAGCGACAUGAAAGAAAGCAACGAACAAAUUAUCAAAGUAGAGCUAGAAGAAGCCACUGAAUCUGUUAUGGAAGACGCGCUUAAGUACAUUUACACUGGGAAUGUCACGGUUGUUGAGGAAAGAGCCCACAAUUUAAUUGCAACGGCAAAUUUUCUUCUUUUGCCAAGCCUUAAAACAAUGGCGGCCAAUGUCUUGAAGGAGGUUGUGUCAACACAGAACUGUCUUUUCAAUUAUUAUUUUGCCGACAAGUAUGAGGUGGUGGAGCUGAAGGAAAAAUGCCGUGAAGUGAUCAACGCAAAUUUCAGUGUUGUAAUGGAAACAGAGGAAUUUCUGAAUCUUGAUAUGAAGCAAGUUAUGGAGUGGGUGUCUAGUGAUGACGUCAUUGUGAAUGCCGAGGAAGACAUUUUCCAAGGAGUUGUCAAGUGGGUGUCCCAUGAUAAGAGUGAAAGAGAAAAACAUAUUCCAGGAUUAUUGCACCAGAUUCGCCUGUCAUCAAUAUCACACAACUUUGUACUGAAUACAUUGGUCAAAGAAGAACUAAUGACUGAAAACCCUACAUUUUGCUUGAAUUUUGUAGUUGAUGCAAUGAAGUCAGUACUGAGUUCUAGUGAUAGGGGAGCUUCUCAGUUACCAAGGAAAUGCCAGGAGACUCACACUGAUGGAAUAUUCAUUUGUGGAUUGAAAAGAGCAUUGUGUUACUUUCCACAGAAAGACAUGUGGUACAGGUUAGCUGACAGUCCAUUUCAGGAUUACGAAGACCAUACCCUUGUUGAAUAUAGGAGCAAUGUUUAUCUUGCUGAUGGAAAAAGACGUCAGCUGGGACAGUCAAAUGUUUUGGAAUUUUACUCACCUUUAAAGAACUCCUGGGGUACUGUGCAGAGAAAUGAUGAUAUUGCUGAUUUCACCUGCUUGACAGUCUUAAAGGGUGACAUGUAUGCAACAUGUUUUGUAAACUUUUCCAAUAAGGGCCGGAUUUGCAGAUAUGACGGUGAAAAGAACUGUUGGCAAGACAUGGAUGCUCCACCCUACCAGCAGGAGAAAGCUUGUGUUGUGGCUGAUGGGCAUUUCCUGUACAUAAUAGGUGGUACAAUGGAUGGUGGAGAAAGUGCUGUAUGCACAACAAAUAGAUUUGAUCCCAUCAACAACAAAUUGGAGGAAGUUGCAGGUUUAACUUUGGGUAGGUACAAUGCCUGUGGUGCUGCCAUGAAUAACAAGGUGUUCAUAGCUGGUGGGUGGAACUUAAGAAAUCGUUAUGUCCUUCUCUCUGAAGCUUUUAAUCCCCUGACCAAUGAGUGGCAAGACAUAGCAGAUCUCACUAUUCCUCGGUUCAAUUCAAGCAUGGUGUGCUUUGAAGGAAAACUGUAUGUUUUGGGUGGCAUCACUUAUGUUAAGGGUGAGGGAUGCAUAGGAACUUCAACAGUUGAAGUUUUUAAAUCAGAGAUCGGUGAAUGGCAAGAGUUGUCACCUAUACCUGUUAAAAACCUUGGAAUAUCACAGAAAAAGAACAAGUAUCAGGCUUGUUUUGCAAGGUUUGACAAGAAAAUGAUUGAAAAACUGCAACCACUGUUAAACUGA